CGCAAUCGUGUCUAGGUGGCACGGCGACGGCGGUUAGUGCGUGAACCUUGUGUGAUCAGAUGCAGAAAAGAAACCAGAACGAAAAUAGCAACGCAUCUUUCACCUUGACCGUACAAACUGCAAUUUUGCGAAUGUCCAAGACCCAACAGCAAAGAGAAGAAGUAGAGGACGGGAGCAGCGCCUGGAUGAUGACGCCCGUGUGCUAAAAAUAAUCCGCAUCCUGAUUGCACCGAAACCAUCGCCUGAUGUGAAUCGCUUUUACGGUGUGUUUGGCACUUUGAGUGCGUAGUACGCACAGUUCUACGAAGUUUGCGUUCGCCAUGGGUGAGCUGGAGAUGAACUUUGGUGAGCUGCGGGACAAGAACGAAAUCAUACGGAAGUAUGUAGAAAACCUGAACCGUCUGCGGGAGCUGGCGGCGCGGCAGGGUCAGAUUAGUGAGGGCGAGUUCAACAACUACCUGAUCCGGCACUACUUCCACAACAACAACAUCAUCAAUUACAUCUUCGACAAGCACACGAGCCGAAUCCUGCUAAAGACGGUGAUCGAGCGAAAAAAGAAGAUCAUCAACUUUAUCUUCCUCUUGCUGACCGUGUUCGUUGUGUUCUCCUACAAGCACGAAGUGUCGACCGUUGUUUUACGGAAUAUUCAAACUUUCAUCUACCCGGGCAUGCGUUUCUGGCGGAAGGCGACCGUCCCGAUCAUCACGAGCUACCCGGCACUGAGCGAGUUCUACGACGAAAGCUGCCUCCUGACCAAUCCGUACUUUCAGGUAGAAAAUCUAAACUGUGACCCGUGUGCGGACGUCACGAACGUACUAGACUUCGACUCGUCCGGGCUCGAUCCGUCGUUGGGUGUCCAUUUUCCGUACAUCUUCCGCAGCCAAAAAGAGUUGGUCGAUCUCGCCACGGUGCAGGCACUGUACGAGCGGCAUCGGUCGGUGUUUGCGAAGGAUGCUUACAAGCUGCAUUCGACCGAUGGAUCGGUCCGCAACCUGGACGAUCUGUUCCGGGUCUUUGCCAAUGUGACCGGGCCCACUGGUACCGGCCGUUCGCCGCCCGAAAGUCAUACCGUGUGGCGCUGUAAUCGAAUGGAACCAGCACGAUUGCUGCGUCGUUUGUUUCCACGUCCGGCUCGGCUGCCUGCGACGGGUGUCAGUUUGGAGCGCUUUCUGUUGAUCGACACACCGGAAGCUCCAUUGUACAGCAUUCCGGACGCGGAAUGUGCCAAUAUGUUUGUCAUUCAGGGCAGCGGAAGCAGAAUGUUUCUGUUGCGGCCAACACAUGAAUGUCGCCAUCGCUGCAGGACACUUUCCGUGCGACUACCACCGCACUACGGAUUAAUCUACAACUGGUGGUACUGGCGGCCCGUAUCGCUGCCGGACUUUGCAGCCAAAGUGCCCUCGAUCACCUACAUCGGAAGCUAUUGCUGAGGAGUGCAACAGGGGGCAUGUGUUUCGUGAUCGUCUUCCUUGAAACGUCCUUCCAAACGUCACUUCCGGGCACUUUGGGCAGCUGAGAGACGCCAUUUGCAAUUUAACGAGAUUAUAGUAUGAAAAACAGUGAAAUGAAGUUGCACACAACCGACGAAUAUUAUCGCUCAAGAGGACGAAAGCAAAGCGCGAAAGCAAGCGACAGAGAGUGGGAGGAAUAGAGAAAUCAACAGAUAGAAUGCUAAGCGACUCCUCAACUAGCGCCACGGAUAGGAUGAAGAUCCAGGACUCUUAGCAGCAUAAAUUGAAAUAGGCCACCGGGAGCUAAGAAGUUGCUUCGAUCGUCCUCAGAAAUGUGGUUUUCUUUGACUAUUAACGCGUGUAUAUUAUUAACUUUGUUUAUUUAUUAAAACAACUACAGACUGUACACGAUGUGUCUGUACUAAAAACCAAAAAGGCAACAAAAAUUGAACCAAAAAAAUAACGGCCAGAAACCGCACGAAGUGAGAAGUUUGUAGCCAGCCGGCCGUCGCAACCCCUGCUGUAUAUAGAUAGCAUUUAGCGCCUCUCCUGUACAACUGCACAAAAUCCGUAACCAUCGAUAGACGGAAACCCGGUUCACCGUGGGAUGAAUUAAGAUUUAGGUAACACAAACGCCUCCCACCGUCAGUCAAGGAGAAGCCCAGUAAAGUAGGAUCACAGCAGAAUGGGCCAAUGCAACGCCACCCGAAGGUUGAUGUAGGUUGAAUUGGAAUAUAUUUUGUGUACAAACAGCAUGCGUGCGCUAUUAGUGGAAUGUAAUGUGUUUCAAAUAGCGAGAAAAUAUCAUAAGCGAUCAUAGGUUGUCCGAAUUUCGAUGCGCGACCUUCGAACACUGCUGCUGCUGCAAUACAGCUGACUGAAGAUUUGGCAAGAAAUCUGGUUUUCCAAUAUUGAUUUACAUUCACGAUUGGCGGAGCACAGUGUUGGUAACAGUGCGGUAACACCAUUCCUCGUUGCAUCGCGCGGCCUAAUGAUAUUAAUGCCUGCCGGCGCCUGUUCAUUGAAGAAACGAAACUCGGCCAAUUUCGUGAGUGUGGGUGAUUCAGCUUUCGUUUACCUGCAUACGCCCCCCCCAGCUUCAAAUCACACAAUGCAAUACAGUGAAAAAAAGACCAAUGUGAAAGCAAUUCCGGUCGCAUUUGAUACAACACAUGUUUUAUUUCAUACUUCAUAGUUGGAAAAAUUAAUAAAACGCAAAAGUUCACAGUA